ACAGUGAAAACUGCUGUGUUAGAGGCUUGAUCGAUGUCACAUGCCGUAAGGCGGCUCUGACGCUCCUCCGUGAAGGGAGAUCAGUCGGGCUGUGGUGUGGUCGUCCAGCAGCAUGGAAAGCGAUGAUGAAAACAUAGAAGAGGUUGUGGAAGGUCCACUGGAUGAAGAUGGUCAGCCCCAUGGUUUCUGCACAGUGACCUACUCCUCCAGUGAUCGCUUUGAAGGACACUUCACCCAUGGAGAGAAGAAUGGAAAGGGCAAGUUCUUCUUCUUUGAUGGAAGCACCCUGGAGGGUUUUUACGUAGAUGAUACUCUGCAGGGCCAUGGGGUGUACACAUAUGAAGACGACAGCGUCCUCCAUGGGAUGUAUGUGGAUGGGGAGCUCAAUGGGCAUGCUCAGGAGUUUGAUGGAGAGGGCCACCUGGUGUUCAAGGGCCAGUAUAAAGACAACAACCGCUGUGGGGAGUGCUGGGUGUACUACCCUGAUGGGGGCUGUGUGUUUGGGGAGGUGAAUGAGGAUGGAGAGAUGACCGGUGACUCUGUAGCGUAUGUCUACCCAGACGGACACACAGCUCUCUCUGGGAGCUUUGUCGACGGGGAGCUGAUUGAAGCUCGUCUCGCCACCCUGAUUUCCAACGAGAGUGGAAGGCAGCGCUUCGAAGUCACACAAAACAGUCCUGUUUACUCGUAUGACAAGUCCACAUCCACGUGUAUGGCCACUCACGCUCUGCUUCCUGACCCAUAUGAGAACCAAAGGGUAUUUGUGGCGGACUCCACGAUUAAAGGAGCAGGUCAGGGUUUGUUUGCUAAGACAGAUGCUGAAACGGACACUGUGAUGGCUUUUUAUAACGGAGUACGCAUCACUCACUCUGAGGUAGACAGCAGAGACUGGGCCCUGAAUGGAAACACGAUCUCACUGGACAAGGACACUGUGAUCGACGUCCCUGAGCCUUUUGACCACACAGAGAGAUACUGUGCCUCUCUGGCCCACAAGGCAAACCACUCCUUCACCCCCAACUGCAAAUAUGAUCCGUAUGUCCAUCCUCGCUUUGGUCCAAUCAAGUGUAUCCGAACACUUAGAGCUGUGAAGAAAGGCGAGGAGCUGACAGUUGCCUAUGGCUAUGAUCACGGGCUGAUGGGGAAGAACGGUCCAGAGGCUCCUGAUUGGUACAAGCAGGAACUGGAGGUGUUCCAGCAGACACAGGAGGCUCCCACCAGCCAAUGAGAGUGCAGAAUGCAGACAAAUACCUCUGGACAAUACAAUAACCCUCUAUCUGUGCUACCACUUUAGAAGACUCCUGAAGCAUAUGGAACUUGAUAUCCCUGCAGCUGCAACCCAUACUGUAGAUAUUUUUUAAGUUACUAUGCUUCAUAUGGUAUUCAAGCAGAAUACUGCUUGAGCAGUUCAGUUUGAUUGGAAGUCCUGGACAUCCAGGGCCAAGCAACACAAGAACUAUGCAAGAAACCAAAUGUUAUUAAAGGAGAUAUGUCAGUAGCUGGAAGUGCUGUUUUCUCCAUCACAUAUUACUCAUAUAGGUAUGAUUUACAUGCUGUUGGUUUGAGGGUAUUGAGGAUUCUUAGGGCAUGACUUUCAUUUCUUUCAGUUUUCAGGGCUCCCUUCAAGGUGUUUAAAAACACUAUUUGUGUGGCAGAAUUUACUCUAUUUAACUCGCACUUCAUUUGAACUUACCCAGCCGGUCCCUUCUAUGCAAUACUGUGCAAAAGAUUUAGGCACUUUAGAUGUUCAGACCCUGUCCAUCAUUAUCAUCAUCAGGAGGUGUCUAAUUGGUCCAGAUUCAUCCUGCAGCAGAUGAUGUCAGCAUCCUGAUCUCAGCAACUGGUGCUGUUUUGUUUUUUGUUUUUUGUUUUUUUUUUUGGGGGGGGAGUGUCACACCAAAUAUGAUUUGAUUCAGUUUUUUCUAUUUGCUGCACUUUGUAUGAAAUUCAUUGAUAAAUAACCAGUCAUGGUAUUAUAUCAGAAAGCAUCCUGACUUUACAGCAUCUUUUCACAAGUGCCUGAAACUUUUGCACAGCACUGUACAUUUAAAAAGUUUAAUUUCACAGGUCUACUCAUUGAGGCUUGCACACAGCUUACAGUAUGCAAUAUAUAUUGCAGUGACUUAUUUAUUAUAUCUAAAAUCGAUAAAGCACAGUAUUUACUGAGAAUUGUAGGUGAUUUGUAACUUGAGAACAUAAUGGAUGGUCUAUUGUAGUACAUGUGAGCCUGCUCAGCUUUUCUCACCUAAUUAGACCCCACAAAAUAAAGUACAUGAUGAAGAAAA